GCGGCGGCGGCUGAAGGGCAGCGGCGGCGAUGGGCGCUGCGGGCUGAUUGGUAAAGAUGGAAAGAGGGAGAGGAGGAGGAGGAGGAGGAGGAAGGAACCUGGGAGGCUCUGGCUUGCACAGGAAUAUUUAUUCCCAGUCCCAGCAGCAGUACCACUACCCGGCCUCCUCCCAGGGGAGCUGCAUGGAGAUCCAGGAGCUGGCCUCCAAGAGGGUGGACAUCCAGAAGAAGCGGUUUUAUCUGGAUGUGAAACAGAGUUCCCGAGGCCGCUUCCUGAAGAUCGCCGAGGUCUGGAUAGGAAGGGGCAGGCAGGACAACAUCAGGAAGAGCAAGCUGACCCUCUCCUUGUCUGUGGCUGCCGAGCUGAAGGACUGCUUGGGGGACUUCAUCGAGCACUACGCCCAUCUGGGCCUGAAGGGCGGCCAUGGCCACCGGCACGAACACAGCAACGACAAGGAGCAGCAUCCCCGGAGGCGGCCGCAGCACCCACCGCCCUCGCCCCCGGUGUCCGUGGGCUCUGAAGAGCCCCCUCACAGCGUCCUCAAAACGGAGUACAUCGAGAGGGACAACAGGAAGUACUACCUGGACCUGAAGGAGAACCAGCGCGGGCGCUUCCUGCGGAUUAGGCAGACCAUGAGCAGGGGACCUGGCAUGAUGGGUUACUUCGGCCACAGCUUGGGACAGGAGCAGACGAUCGUCCUCCCGGCGCAAGGGAUGAUCGAGUUCAGGGAUGCUUUGGUGCAGCUGAUUGAAGAAUACGGCGAGGGGGACAUAGAGGAUCGCCGGGGGGGAGGUGACGAGCCCCCGGAGCUCCCCGAGGGCACCUCCUUCAGAGUGGACAACAAGCGCUUCUACUUCGACGUGGGAUCCAACAGGUACGGCAUCUUCCUGAAGGUAAGUGAGGUGAGGCCGCCCUACCGUAACACCAUCACAGUUCCCUACAAAGCGUGGACACGGUUCGGGGAAAAUUUUAUCAAGUACGAAGAAGAGAUGAGGAGAAUUUACAACAGCCAUAAAGAGAAAAGAAUGGAUGCCAGAGGGGACAGUGGUGAAGAGCAAGAGGGUCUGGAAUAGAGUGCAUUGGACAAUUAACCAAACAAAGCAAGCAGAAAUUGGUGAGAGGGACUGACCUAUAGUAAUUCCAAGUUGCCCCAGUUUUUUGUAAAGUCCUUUUCUGGUAGUUCUUGCUAACUCCAGUACAUAAUGUUAUAGGAGUCUGGUUACCACGUUAAAACUAUGCCCAAAACAUCUCCGUGUGUCUUAGGAAAGGACCAACCUCCUGAGUCCGUAUGAGUCAGCUGCUUCGAGUGUUGGAGACUGUGGAAGUACAAGUAUCAGCACAAACAAAAUCCGGCACCCUGACCUUUAAAUAGUCUAGAAAAGGCUAAUGUUGCACUUAAACACGAUGCAAAAGUACCCCCACCCUGAACCUUACGAUGAGAUGUAUCGGUUUCUGCUUAUCACGAGUUUUUCAGGACUGGCUUGUGCCCGUGCCCGGUCCAAAGGCCGAGCAGCAUUGCCGUAGAGCAUUUAUGGCAAAAAUCAGCUCCACAUGAAUCUCUGGUCUGUGUGUGAGGAGGGAGAGAGGUUUUAAGGUUGGCGUCUCCUGGUUAUUGAGUUGGAAACAAUAGUCUGUUUAUGCAUAAAGUCUCAAUGACCCGUCAGACCUCAGUCACGUGCCGGUGAAGGGCGGAAGAUCUGUCGUUCAUGUUCAUUCCAUAGUUUUGUGCUGACCAGAUCACCUGAGUAUCCCAGGACAGUAGAGUGCUCAGCCUUCUGAAUUAAUGGCAGUGAAUAAUAACCCACUCCUCAUCUCCGUAUUCUGCCCGUUAGAGGCUGGUGAUUUUUUUUUUUUAAUGCAUUUUGUCUGAAAUUUCAGAAGGUAUUUUUGUAUUAGGCGUUCCAGCAGGUGGCCAUGGGAGCAGGUGUUGGGAGGUGGAAGGAAUGCCGCAACCGAGGCUCCCAGCUUGUCUCCCAGAUUAACAUGGUUCAGGACGUUACCUGUGCAAGGGAAGCAUUUGGCUGUUUUCCUCCUCCUGCCAUGGGGAAGACCUUUGGGGUGUUGGGUGCACAACUGGAUUCUUGUAGAAAGGCAUCUCUCAUGCUCACCCAUGGUGCGUUUUGGAAGCUGUGGUGGAUGCCACAUUGGGUUUUCUGUUGUGUUGAUUUUGGAUGGUGUUGGGGAGACAACAUCUCUGCCCUGCCAUCACCCCCUUCCCCCCCAGCUCAGAGCUGGAGCUUCUCCUUGCUCCAGUCCAGAUCUGGUUUCAGUGUCAUUCUGGAGUCUUUGUGAUGUAAAUUUUAAAUCUCAUGAUACUAACUCUCUACCUGGAGGGGGAAUGUGUGCAAUUACCUGGUUGGGAGGUUGGUGAAAGAUUCUGUGUUUCUUAAAAUGUGACUAUAACAUAAGGGGCUUGUUCAGCCUUUGGACGACCAGCUCCUUCCUCCUGAACCAGUGGGAGUUUGAGCUCCAGAUACUUCUAGUAGCGUGUUGCUCACCUUUAAGAUUGUUUUAAGCAGGCAUUGCCAUGUCUGAUAUUUGUAAUCACUCAAAUAGUUUCAUUACAGAGUGGCCUAGUGUGCAUGUGGACCAGCUAUUUUUCCAUGCAACCAUGCCCUGUUUUAUUUGUUUAACCUUUUGAGAAACAUCUUUAUCUCCAAGCAGACUGUUCACCAUGCUGAGUCUGGAGCCACCUGCACACUGCAUGGCCACGCUCAAUCCAAAUGCUGUUGCCUGUUAAUGUCAUAAUGAGAAAGGCUGGGGAGACAGGGUUGGGAACCAAGAGGAUAAUCUGGAUUUUAGCUUGGGUACUAAAACUAGUCAAUCUGUUUUAACUUUUAAAAAGGAAAAAA